AUGACCAAUUCAUGUUUCAAUUGUCGAAAACAAGGUGAUAUGGAAAAAGAUUGUCCCAAAGCUCUGAUACAAACUGAUAAAGGGAAAGGUAAACAACCAAGUAUUAGUGGACAAGUCUUUGCAUUACCUGGCAACAAAUCUCAAGCGGGUAUGAUUUCGGGUCAUGUUAAAUUAAUUGAUUUAUCUGUUUAUGUUUUGUUUGAUACUGGUGCGACACACUCARUUGUUUCUGAACAAUUAGAAUCCCGAUUAAAACCGUAUGAGCAAACCACCGAAUUUCCAGUGGUAAUAUCUACUCCAAUGAGUGGUUCAAUUUGUUUGCUAACUCGUUUUUCCAACUGUUCGUUCCUUAUUGGGGACUGCAUACGAGAGGCCACUCUGCUUCCAAUGCAUAUGUCCUACUUUGAUUUAAUAUUGGGUAUGAAACUGGUUAUCACGCCACCGGGAAACAAUAGACUGUAA